AUGCUUGGGACGGAGAGUGACCCAGGUAUUACGCGGCGGUCCAUUGCGGAGGCUUUUCGCAUUAUUUCUGCUUGCCCGAAUCGUCAAUUUCUACUUCGUGCUAGUUACAUCGAGAUUUAUAACGAGGUCAUUCGAGACCUGCUUGCGCCGGACAACGACAAUCUUAAGAUUCAUGAGGACGUGAUCAACAAACGCGUUUUUGUUGACUCGAGGGAGGAAGUCGUCACCUCUGUCGGUCAAGUGAUGGACAUAAUCGCAGGCGGUGAGAAAGUGCGAGCAGUAGGAGAAACAAACAUGAACGAUCGCUCCUCACGCUCGCACACCAUCUUUUCCCUCAAGAUUGAAUCCAGGGAAAUGAGUGUUGCCGAAGCCGAGGGCGAGGACUCCGCCACGGACGAGGGGGUGGCUGUGAGGGCGAGUACACUUUCCCUGGUUGACUUAGCGGGUUCGGAGCGCGCAUCCUUCACAAAGGCGCAAGGUAUGCGUCUUGUCGAGGGGGGACAUAUUAACAAAAGCCUUCUCACACUCGGAACCGUGAUCAACAAGCUCAGUUCGGGGGAAGCGCGAUCUUACGCUCAUAUUCCGUUUCGAGACUCAAAACUGACGCGAUUAUUGCAACCUGCGCUCGGUGGCAAUGCUCGGACAGCAAUUGUGUGCGCUGUAACGCCGGCAAUUUUGCACAUGGAAGAGACUCUGAGCACCCUGAAAUUCGCUAGCCGCGCGAAAAAAGUGACUAACCAAGCGAAGACCAAUGAGUUCUUGGACGAUAGAGCAAAACUUAGAAGAGCAGAGAAGGAGAUAGCUCGUCUCAGUGCAGAGUGCCAGCGACUGAAAGCAGGCAGACGUCCUGAUGCCUCGAAGGGAGUGCGGGUAUCGUUAACUGAUGAACUGUCCAAUCAGCAAAGAAAGGCGUGUCGACUAACCUUUGAAAAAAAGUUUAAUAUCUUGAUAAAAGCUUUGCGAGAGCAAGAUAUCACGCUUGAUGUAAAGGAACGAAGUCUUGGGUACCAUGGCACAAUGAGACCGACAAAUUCGAUCGACGCGCUGAAUCUUUGUUGCAAAAACCACAGCAACGACAGCAAUUCGAAGGUCGUUGACAAAAAUGUCGAAAAUGAGGUAGCGGAGCUUCGGAGGAGAACCUUUGCAGCUGAGAGAGAAAAACGACAGGCUCUGGCCGAGAUCAACUAUGAAAGACAGGCGAUGAUUGCUGAAGUUGAGGUGCUGCUUGCUACUAGUGAAGAAGCAGAACGAGCACGUGCUUCGGCUGAAAACGAAUGUGCCGAAGUUAACUCAAUGCUUGCGCGACAAGUUGCGUCAUCCCUAGUCGGGGAAGUUGUAACUGAAGUAGUAACAACAUCUCUCGUCUCCGGAGAACUGAAGGAAGCCAAGGCAAAUUUAGAUGUUCUUCGAAAUGUCAAGAAGAAGAAUAGUGAUCUUCAGUGCGAUAUUUCUUCGUUACGAAAAGAACACGCUGAUAUUGUGAAGAGAGAAAAGCGAGGAAUUGGACCCAUUCUAAAAGACGUCAAAUUCCUUGAGGGGAAGCUUGCUGAUCUUGACAGAAAAUACAAGACUGUUCGUCAGUCGGCAUCACAGAGCUCCUCUGAAAAAGCCGCCGUCGAAAGAGAGUUAAAGAACAUGCAGCGUCAGAACAAAGUGCUGACGGGAGAAGUCACCAAGCAUCGCAAUCACGUGACAAAGGGCCAGGUUAGAGCAGAUAAGAAACUUGAGGGUGAGAAGAAAAGUCUCGAAAAGUGUGUGGAGGGUUUGAGGUGCGAGAUCUCAACACUUUCUAGAAGCAAUGGAGAAAAGGAGGAGGACUUGAACGCAACAAGAAAGAACAUGGACAGAUUGAAAACCGAACUUGACGAGAUCACGCUUGCUCGCGAUAACCUAGUCAAGGAGCGUCAAGUGGCACUGGAAAAAUACUCGGAACUAUCUGGAAAACUUGCCAUCUCGCAGGAGUUAUGUAGGGAGUUAGAACAAGAACGGCAGAAAUUGCAGGACGGCAGAGCUUCCGUGACUUCUGAACUUAGCGAGCUUACUGAGGAACUGGGAAAAGCCCAUCUUGAGAUUGAAGAAAUGAGGUCAGAGCUUUCAGAGCUAAUGAAAGUUGCAGACGAUGCUAAGAAAGAUCGAGCAAAAGCAGUUUUGGAGCACGAGCAGGCCAAAAUUCAACUGUCGGAAAUUGGAAAGACUAAAGGCAAAAUGGAAUCAUCCUUGCUUGAACAGGGCUUAGUCAAUGAGAACUUGCAACAAGUCAUACAAAAUAAGGACAAGGUCGUCAACGAGCAAAUCGAGACAAUCAAAACUCUUGAGGAAAGCAUUGACGAGUAUAAGGGCGCACAAGAAUCUUCCAACAUCGUUCUUGCUGAGGCUUCUAGCAAAAAGCGCGAUUUAAUGGAUCAACUGACAGACGCAAAUCGUUUGAACGAAGAGCUGCGAGAUGCAAAGUGUCCAGAAUGUGAAACAAUGUUGGGGCAACUUCAUAGCCUUCAACAGACAGUAGCAGAGAUGGAAGGGAGAACCUCUCGGAUAUCAGCUAUCAAGAGCGCUGAAGAGCACGAGCAGUUAACAGUUAUGAGGAAGGAAAAUCGAUCGUUGCAUAACGAGGUCGAGAAACUCAGCCUAGAAACCAAGACUAGAACGAGAGAGAUCUUGAAACUAUCGGAGACAAUACGGUCUCGAGACAGAAAAAUAUAUGCCAUGGAAGACACUUUAGCUAAACUGGGGCGAGGAGAGGGCAGGAUCGCAGCGCUCGAACAGCGGUGUCAUCGUCGGGAAAUGAUGAUAGGCGAGCUGAAUAGACGGCUUGAACUGCAACAGAGAAUACUAGAAGAAGGUAGGUUGCCAGACCUAUUCAAGAAUGGUGAGCGAAUUUUGGAACUAGAAUCAAAAUAUUCAGCAUUGCUUGUUGAUCAGAAGGAGCGUGAACAAGUUGUCCAGCGACUACAGUCGGAGCGAGAGGCUAUGGUGGAAGAAAGCCGGAAACUCAGAGACAUUAUUAAGGACCGAGAUAUUCGGCGUGUGAGGGAGGCAGCCAUGAAGAAAGAUGCACAGCAUGAUGAAGUGAGACGAAAACGUGACGUGCUGCACAGUAUUCCCCUAAAUGCGAUGGGAAGAUGA